AUGCCGUCCUACGAUCCCUCUUACCUGUAUACACGCCUCUUGGAUGCCAUCCCGUCUGCCCUUCCCUGGGCUGGGGGAGACCCAAAUGUGAAGGGUGAUCCCCGCAAAUCAGUCAAAUGGAUCGAUGGCCUAAGAGGUAUUGCUUCGUUUCUUGUCGUGCUCACUCACCUAGCCAGGGGCUGGGACUAUGAUCUCUUUUCCCCGCGAGACCAACCCGAUGUGCCCCCGCGAAUCCUGCAGUGGCCAGUACUGCGCAUCCCGUGGCAAGGGCGUAUCGGUGUUACCAUCUUUGCCUUUCUUACGGGCUAUGUCUGUGCCAUCAAGCCCAUUAAGCUGUCCCGGAAUGGUGACAAGCUGGGUGCCUUUACCGCCGUCGCCAAGAGCGCUUUCCGUCGUCCUCCCCGUCUGAUUCUUCCCGCCACCUUCGCCAUGGUGAUUUCCUGGGUCGUUGCACAGCUUGGGGGCUUCAUUGAGGCCAACCGCUCGGAUUGCUGGUGGUGUCGGUAUGCAGCCCCAGACCUGGAGGACUCCUUUUUUAAGGAGGUCAUUCGGCUGUUCACGAACUUCCUAAGCACCUGGACUACUGGUUACAUGGCCUACGACGAUCACCAAUGGGCGCUGCUCCCCCUGCUUUUGGGCUCCAUGCUCGUCUACAUUCUGCUGGUUGCCACCAUGUUCUUAAAGUUCCGCUGGCGCAUGCUCGUUUACAUGAUCAUGCUUCUCUACUUCCACCAGGACGGCGGACCGACGACUGAAACUUUCCAGACGCAGUGUGUCUACGGCAUGAUGUUAAGUGACCUCGCCUACGAGUCCUCUUUCAAAGAACUUGUCGAAAAGCAUAGCUGGGCUCGAAAAGCAGUCUCUGCUCCCUUGGCCAUUAUGGGUCUCUUCAUCGCAAGCUAUCCCGGAGAACAUCCCCAAUGGAGUACUUGGUCUGAGUACAUGCGUAUCGCUGCAACCUACAUCUUCCCCCCUGGUGUCAAUGUUGGAAGACGGUACAGUGCCAUUGGAAUGGACAUGAUUAUCUUCGCCAUCUACAUCUCUCCCUCGACUAAGGAGUUCCUCGCGAACCGAAUGCUACUCUGGUUUGGAAAGCAGAGUUUUGCCGUCUACCUGGUCCACGGCACACUUCUCCGUGUGGUGUUGGUCUGGAUGCUGUAUGGAAUCAGCGGACAGCCUUGGGAUACGUCCAUCGUCGAUGCCGAGGGUAAUCCCAUCCCGCCGUAUAUUCCUAUUCGGCCCGGGUGGGUUCAGGCCAUCUGCUUCCCCCUGUGGAUUAUCCUUGUCUAUAUAUGCGCGUCACUGUGGACACGAUAUGUCGAUCCCUUCUGUGCACGACUGACUCAAAAACUGGAGAACCUGAUGUUUGAGGAGUCUGAGAAACCUCAACCUGCGUUACCGCUAACUUCGAUUCCGAUGCCUACGACUUAA